AUGGCGCAGCCGCCUGAUCGUCGCGGCUCAGGCCCGGAGCGCCUAGAAUAUCCCAAGCAUGUUCCUGAUCCAGACGGCCUUGCCAUCAUUCCCCCGUUACAGACCUUCGCGCCCGCCAUUUUCCGUCCUAUAAGCAAGGAUGAAGCCUUAUGCGACGUCACUUCGACAACCAAGCUCGAGCUUCUACAAGCAGAGCUUGAAGGCCUUGAUGCUCACGCCAUCAGCACCAACGAAAACUUCCUCGCGCUGUGUAUACGCGAGCGCGAGCGCAUCCUUCAAGAUGGACGGCGCUAUGAAGUCCUCGAAGAUAUAGAGGGUACAGCUGCACCAGACAUCCCACGAGGCGUUGAGCCCGAACAUCUGAACACCAUGAUCGCAAACAUGGAAGCGAAGCCACAUCCGGCGGACACUUACCCGGACACGCCACAACAAAUUCUUCAACCAUCGUUUGAAGGGCCCCAUCGAUCACUGCGCGAGUGUCAGGCCAACGCUAUGAUGGGGUUUGUAUUGCGGUCUGCCCAAAUGGCAGGAGCUCGUGAUACAGAUUUAGUAGCAUAUCGGGCAAAGAUCGAAGCAGAAAUAAAAAAAGAACAACUCGGACAGGAACAGGUUCGCAGAGCCAACUAG